ACAGUUGUUGACUGCAGUUUUACAGUUCAUGUUGUCUGUUAGCGCACAUAAAAGUCAAGUACUUCUGUAUCGACUGGAUGUCAACCUACUUGGAAAAUCUAGUGCUUCAAAGAAAGCUGACUCUGUUGAUAUGAGUAAGCUCCCCUCUCUAACUCCUGUCAUUUUGCCAAGAAAUCAGAAACUCGGAUUUUCUCUGAGUGAUUCUUUGACCAAUCUGACAGACUAUAGAUUAAGGAUGAGUACACCCUGGCUCAGUAAACCAGAGAAACCAGAAGAAAUGGAGGAGAAAAUCAGACUCGCAAGAAGUAAAUCAGAUGUGGAUGAUGAAUUCAAGGAUCACCUAGAAAGAGCCAAGACAUGGCACCAGAUUUCUGUUAUAGCACAGGCCAAUGAGAGUCUUGCCCAAUAUGGCCGACCCAGGACGACCCCCACCAAGGUCAAAGUUCUCCCUGGUGCCAGCUCAUCCCAACAGAGGACCCCAGUCAACAAGGAGCGCUUGUUAGUGAUUCCAGAAGUAGACCAGCGCAGAGACUAUGCUGGAUUCGUGUUACAACAGAGAAUGGAUAACAUUGAUGUCCGACAUAAGACGGAGGUCAUGAAACUUUACCUGCCCUACAUACAGACCACACCCUCUUCUUGAGAGAGAUCAGUGGAAGGAAAAAUCCUGAUAAGGCACCAUAAAAAGACAGGUUAAUCAUGAUGGAGACAAUUUUUUGACAGAUAAAAAGGAGAGACCGUAAUUUGUAACCUAAAAAAAACUUGUGCUAAUUCAGUCUUGUGGGUGUAAAAACACUUUGUAACUAUUAUAUAAUUAUUAUUUAUAUUAUAUUAAAAAGCAAGUUCAUCACACUGAACUCUAAAGUGAAAAGUUGCUUUCUUAUAUAGGCAUGUUAGAAAUUCACUUUUGAACUCUUGAAUGAAAUGUACGUUUCUUCUGAGUCACGAGUUUCUCAGAUGUCAAUUACAGUGCAUCUUCUACAAACAAAUUGAAUUAUACUGAUUAAUACACUC